AUAGACAAUUGCGAGCUAUCACCAGCAACUCACACGAUGGACCUGCUGAAUAUAUUACUUGCACGUGGUCAUCUGAGUUCACAGAAUCUUGGACUCCUGUGUGAUACUAUUAGCAUAACCAAACAGUUUGGUCUUUUAUCGAAGAUUAAACAAAAACUGCCAUCAUUCCCAGAUGUUGAGGAAGGAACCAUUUCAAAAACAUUCACAUCUCACAGACAAAGGCUAAUGAAAUUUGGAAUGAUACUGACCCCAGAUAAUGUGACGCAGAUCGAUCAAUUGUAUAAUACGCCUCCUAAGAAGUAUACAGACGGCUGGUGUAUGAUCAACGAUCUAGAAGACCAACAGAAAAUCAGCGAAAAAAAUAUGAAGGAAUUCACUGAUUCGCUGAAAAUCCUUGAGCUCAGUGUGGCAUUAAACGAAUUAACAGAAGCGUAAAUAACUUCCUUGUGAUGUCGGAACUCAGCUGAUGUUGUUUUUCGUUAAGCCAAGCCAAACUAAAAGAUUCCUAUGUUGGUACAUUCUUGAUUGAAGUGAAAAGAAAUAAAAUCUUUAAGCAGAAAACUUAUAUCAAUACAUUUGUCAUUACAUUGAUGAUGAAGUUGAUUCGGCACUACUGUAGUUCUUACUCAAAAGACUUCUGGGUAACACCAGAUAUGUCAGUCGUCAUCAAGCCUGCAAAUCUAAUUCGUAUUUAUCAGUACAGUAUCUGAAACAAUCAUUUUGUCACAAUCACAAUGCAGGAAGUUUGAUCAAGGCUGGCGUAAUCUGACAGACUACCAAAUGAAGUCAGGCGCAGAUACAGAGAAAUAAAAGCAUUUAAGAAAUUACAUAAUGCAUGGAUAGCCAGUCUAACAUACAGUACUUACCUGAUUACGUCAGUACAUACAGCUGGUACACCAAAUCCCCCCCCCCCAACCACUUCACACACACAUGCAAAAUAGUACAUGGAUCACAAUGUUAGUAUUGUAACAUAAAUGAUUGCAAUACGCAUGUAAUAAUGUCGUCAUCACAGUAUAGGCCUAGUUGUAUAGACAUUCAAGUGGAGUGGAUUUUUAUCCUGGUCGAUAAAAUGUUUGCUUUAACAUCCCCAGGGUCCUGGGUACAAAUCCUGUAACAUCAAAAUUGUGUUUUCUCAUGAAUAAAAUGACGUCACUCCCUAACUCUGCUAUGCAUUAACAUUGACUACUUUUUAGAAGUUUAUUUUAUACGAAAUUCAAUUCAUAUAAUUAUACUUGAAGGUCAAUGGAUAAAUGGGAUGUGUAUCAACACUUUAAUUAAAUUUAUAUAAUUUUAAUUUUUAAUUGUUAUAAUUGUACAGUUUAAAUAAUUGUAAUAUUUAUACUGUAUAAUAAUAGUGGCUAUCAUGUUUAAUUAUUAUACAUAAUAAGCAGUAAUUCACUUUUGUACAUAUAAUUAUGAGGUAUUUUUGAGUAAGUCUAAUUUAUAUUUUAUAUCAAUAUUACAAUUAAUGACUAAUGUGCAACAUUGAUGAUCUAAAUCAUGCAUUUUCAACAUCAAAAUUGUGUUUUCUCAUAAAUAAAAUGACGUCACUCCCUAGCGCUGCUAUGCAUUAACAUUAACUACUUUUUAGAAGUUUUUUUUAUACGAAAUUCAGUUCAUAUAUACUUGAAGGUCAAUAGAUAAAUGGCUUGUGUAUCACUCACUUUAAUUAAAUUUAUAUAAUUAUAAUUUUUAAUUGUUAUAAUUGUACAGUUUAAAUAAUUGUAUUUAUACUGUAUAAUAAUAAUAACAGUGCCUGUCAUGUUUAAUUAUUAUACAUAAUAAGAAGUAAUAAUUCACUUUUGUACGUAUAAUUAUGAGGUAUUUUUGAGUAAGUCUAAUUUAUAUUUUUAUAUCAAUAUUACAAAGACUAAUGUGCAACAUUGAUAAUCUAAAUCAUGUACUUUAAAUACUGUAAAUAUGAAUUUGAAUAAUGAUAAUAAUGUAAUAAUUAUAACUUUUAGGAAUUCAAACUUAUAUUGAACCGUUUUUUAUAGAGUAAGUGUUAUUUAUAGUUUUAUAGUUAAUGGUUCAAUUAUAAUUGACUUUGAAUUGAUAUAAAUUAUAAAUACUAGUACGCAAUUCUCAUUUACUGUGAUAUUCAUUACAUUAUCCGACUUGUUUAUGUAUUAAGAUGAUAAGUUAAGUUUUUUUUCAAAAAUAGUUCCCCAUAUCUUAAGCCAA